CCUGCCAGACUGUGAUAUAUCUUGGCUUUGAGAUUUUAAAAGGACGAUGACAAUUAGGAAAAAAUCGCAAAGAAGCUAUUUGUGGUAUACCUGAGCUGAGAAAUAUUCAUGAACUCAGAGCAUUUUUGGGAAUGACUGGGUGGUGUCGCCUUUGGAUCAUGAACUAUGGGCUAAUAGCUAAACCGCUGUAUGAGGCCCAAAAGAACUCUCCCUUUGUAUGGGGCCCACAACAACAAAAGGCUUUUGUAGAGUUGAAACGUGCCUUAAUGUCUGCACCUGCCUUGGGACUGCCGGAUCUAACCAAAGAUUUCCAGCUGUUUGUACAUGAAAGACAACACCUUGCACUGGGCGUGUUAACCCAGAGGAUAGGAAGCUGGAAACGACCAGUCGGAUAUUUCUCUAAACAACUGGACACAGUGAGUAAAGGGUGGCCAAACUGCCUUCGAGCAGUGGCAGCAACAGUGAUGCUCAUACAAGAAGCUCGGAAAUUGACUUUGGGAAGAACAAUAACAGUCUAUGUUCCACACAUGGUGAUAACUGUCCUAGAACAGAAGGGGGGACAUUGGCUGUCCCCCAGCCGAAUGAUGAAAUACCAGGUGGUAUUGACUGAACAGGAUGAUGUGAUUCUAAAGACAACUAACCUGGUAGAUCCUGCAGUAUUUUUAAGUUCCAUACAGGAAGAAGGACGACUGGAACAUGAUUGCUUGGCUACCAUCGAGUAUGUUUAUUCCAGUCGUGAAGAUCUGAAGGAUGUGCCCUGGGAGCGACCAGACUGGGAAUUGUAUACUGAUGGAAGCAGCUUUAUGGAGCAAGGAGUCCGAUACGCUGGAUAUGCGGUAACAACAGAGACUACAGUUAUAGAAGCAGGAGCAUUGGCGAGUACCACAUCAGCCCAAAAGGCAGAACUCAUCGCUUUAAUUCGAGCCUUAGAAUUAAGCAAAGACGAGAUUGCAAAACUCCUCAAAAAUCUUUGCUAUUUCUCAUUGGCGCUUGACAAAAGCAAUGAUAUUCGUGAUUCUGCACAACUUCCAAUUUUCAUUUGUGGGACAAAUGAUUCUUUCGAAGUCACAGAGGAGCUUGCUGCACUGAAAAGCAUCAAAGGAACAACUACAGGAGAGGAUCUCUAUGAGAAAGUUUGCCAAACUAUGAAUGAUUUGGAGCUGGACUGGGGUAAACUAUUCAGCGUGACAACUGAUGGUGCUCCUAGCAUGGUGGGGUCCAUGAAAGGAGUGGUUGCACGCAUUAACAAAGAGAUGGACAAACGCAGCCAUUCACAUCCAAUAGCCAUACACCGCAUCAUCCACCAACAAGCACUGUGUUGUAAAUCACUGAAGCUGGACUCUGUCAUGAAAAUUGUGGUUUCUUGUGUUAACUUCAUUAGAGCUCAUGCACUAAACCACAGACAGUUUCAGGAAUUUCUGUCUGAGCUAAAUGUUGCCUAUGAAGAUAUUCUGUACCACACAGAAGUCCGUUGGCUGAGUCAAGGGAGAGUUUUGAAACGAUUUUAUGACUUCCACAGGUUUAUGAUUUUGUGCUUUCUAAAAACAAAGAAGUACCAGAGCUCAAAGAUGCAGAAUGGAAAUGGCACCUAG